GAAGUCUGACUGGCUUCAGACGGAGCACUCCUCAUGGAGGAAAAUUCGCCAAAGCGUCCGAGAUCGCACAGCUGGAGAAGGCCGCCGUCCAAUCCCGGAUCCGAGAGAUCCGUGGUCGUCGUCUGAGAAUGGCCAGUCUGAGAACGAGACGACGGGGGCCGCUGGGACCGUGCCUGCUGACACGGGCAGCACCAGUGCACGGACUGCCGAAGCCGCCCCAUGGAAUGGCCCAACAGGGCAAGGCGGGGCGGCAUCCUCCACGACAAGGACGUCUGAGCAGCCAUGGACAUCGUCUGACAAUCAGCAGUGGACGUCUGAGCGGCAGCAGUGGUCGUCUGAGAAUUGGCACGGCUCGGGCUGGCGUUGGCGAUCCUCGUCUCAGUGGCUGGAGGAGGACGGCGACGAGGACGAAGAUUCCAGGGCAUGGGCCUGA